GACGUCCGGCACUUCCCUCGUCUCAGUUCGUGCGCCGAGCAGUAGAGCGCCGCCGAGGAGAGCAACAGCUAGAAGCUAGGAAAGCGAGAAGGCGAGGUCGAGAAGAUGAGCCGGCUGGACACCCGGACGCUCAAGGACGAGCUGACGAACAUGGACAGGCGGCCGCUGCUGGACCUGGGCCACCCGCUCCUCAACCGCGUCGCCGACAGCUUCAUCCGAGCCGCCGGGGUCGGGGCGGCAAGGGCCGUCUCCAGGGAGGCCUACUUCGUCACCGUCGAAGGUCUCUCGGGGGACUCGGCCGGGCUCGACCCCAACGGCGGCAAGAGGAGCCAUUUCUCCAGCAUCAGGGGCGACGAUAGCCAGAAGUCGCUCGACGCGGUGGUAAAAACGGCUGGCAAGGAGGCCUUCCAGUGGGGGCUGGCAGCUGGAGUCUACUCUGGGCUGACGUACGGCCUGAGGGAGGCCAGGGGUUGCCAUGACUGGAAGAACAGCGCCAUCGCAGGUGCAAUCGCUGGUGCGGCCGUGGCGCUGACCGGGGACGCUGGCGGCCACUCCGACAAGCUUGUCCAUUUCGCCAUCACCGGCGCCGCGCUGUCCAGCGCCGCCAGCCUGCUCUCCGGCGUAUUCUGAGCCUGCUAGGGGCGGCUCCGGACACGGGUUGGUUGUCCGGUUAGGUUCUCGAGGGUUUUAGCAUAAAAAGUUGCAUUGCAGCUCACCGACGUCCAUCAAAAUGUGUAAUCGUAGAUCCGUGUCAGCUUCCUGCAGCAAGUCUGGUACUCUGCAGUUCCAAUGUAAUGGUUGCCCCGCUUUAUGUGUUUCCAAGACAUUCUGAAUUACCCU